AUGCUAGUUCAGAGGUACUCCUACGGAGGAUUUUUAAAUUUGCACAAGUAUCUCUCCAACGCGAAUAUAAACAUAAUACAAGAAAUAAGCACAAAGGACAGCGUCUUGAACUUGGUGGCCAAGUUAAGAGAAUUCAGAAAGUACAAGGAAAAUGUAUAUGAAAAAUUUACCAACUCUUGUUCCACCUUUGUUGAGAAGCUGUAUACAGAGACGUACCUUAACAUAGACAAAUCGCUAAUGCAGAUAAACGAGCUCCUAAUAAAAGAGGUGAAGUAUCUGUUGUUCACGAAUAGUGACGUGAUCUCAGAUGAAGGGAAAGUGAAGGAAGAAGAAUUUAAAAAAAAUUUAGUGGACAAAUUGUAUGACGAAUUUUUACAACAAGAAAAAUCGGAGAAAGAUGAAAAUACUUUACUCUACUUCAACAAAAUUAACAUGGCUUAUAAAUUCAGAAAAUUUUUUAACCUCUACUCAAUUGAUGAUCCUGAGGCUAGCGAAAUUAUUAUCAGUUUGAUUCAAAUUGACACGUCCAAAAUAAAGGUAGAUCACAAGUCGGUGCUUAAAAACUUUGAUGAUAUAUUAAAUUCUCCCAAGCCUCACGUAUUUCUGAAAUCCUUUUUUAGUGGAAAUGAAGAAGUGAUUAAUGAAUCCUUUUUGAGGACCUACUGGAUGUGUCUAAAGAAUCUGCACCAAUAUUUUAAGUCGUACAAUUCGCACGUGCUGUCAAUACUAGGGGAGGACUUCAAAAACGUAAUUUUCAAAUACCUAGACGAUGUUAUAUGUAACAAUAAGGAGAAAAUAAUUCACAAUGAUCAGGCAAAUUACUUCUUAAACAUACACCAUUUUUUUGAUACCUUCAUAACUCUCAUCAUAUCGAAGGUGCACAACUCCAAAGUUACCAUUUUAAACGAAAAUGGGAUUCUUAUAUCCAUCCGUAUAAACACCCUCCCCGAUAAAGUGAUUCAGCUUGUUUCUACCAAAUAUUACUCUGGCACGCUGAUACCGCAUAGAAUUUUUGACGAGGUUACGUACCUGUUGGUGCACGAGGACUUCCCCAUCUUGGAGCAUCUCCACAAUUUUGAAAUCACCACGAUAAAUGCGGACGGCGCGUCGAUGCAUUCCUCCGAUAAUAAGUACAACCCUAUGAACGAAAACGUGAGAAUUUCCUCCGUGACCUCCCAGGAGAACGAAGAAAUUACAAAGUGCAUUAAAGAGGAACUGCAUCAUACUUCGAAGAAAAAGGAAAAGACGAGCAGCAGUUACUACAAAUCAGUAGGGGAAAUUCUAGCCAAGUACAAUGGGCGAAGCAAAAUCACGGAGAAUGACAUUUACCUGUUGCUUCUUAACAUGAUUAGAGGAAAUUUGACCAACCUAAGUCUCCUAUUUUCACUGGAGAUAAUUAACUACCUCGAUGAAUACUGUGAGAAUGUGGAGUUGGACGACGAAGAAUUAGAAGACAGCGAUUCUGGGGAUCCCAACUUGGGGAAAGAAAAAAAAAAAAAAAUACUACAAUGAAUGGAAAAUAUAUCCUACAAUCAAUUUUAUGAAAACCCCAAAUUGAAAGCCCUAUACGACUCCAUCUCUAACAUGAGUACACUCCCCGAUGCGGAUGUUAGCAACUUAAAGGGGACUGCCAAGUCGACCUUACUGUCAGACGAAAUGAAUUUCAAAAUGAUGUCUUCUCUCCAUUCUUCCAAUUAUAAUGCAUCCCAUCCGGACUUGCAAAAAAUGUUUUAUCCGUAUGAAGAAUCGCAUGGGACAUCCUUCCCCAACUUUUCCUCCUUCUCAAGUAUCCCACAAGGUAACUCCAUUGACAACAUAUCCGAUUCCACUUCAGAUGGGUCUACUUCAAAUAUGAGCAAGAAUUUUUCAAGAUCUUUUCCUACUUUGUCGAAUCAGUGGACGAGCGAUUCUCCGUCCGGUUCGUCAUCCGGUUCGUCAUCCGCUUCGCCGUCCGGUUCGUCGCCCCAUUUGUCGCCCCAUUUGUCGCCCCAUUUGUCUACUACUACUGUGGUCGACGUGGCGAGCGACGGUGGGAGAGACAGUACAACACAGGCCGGGUCCAAUUGGGGACUCGGACAAGAUGGGGAGUACUCAUCCAGGUGGAGUAUGAGAAAAGCGGGUGAAGACCAUUCAGGAGGAAGUUCCCACGAUGGGAGCACCUCUACUUUGUAUGGCUCAAGUAUGGCGUCUUCCUCCUCUGGGAGAACCACACCAUCCGAACAGAUCGAGGAAGCAACGACGAGCUCAUCAACGGACAAUAUUCACAAAGAAGUGAAGGAAGAUCCAUUAGGAGAUAAAACAACUAGUAAGUUUUCUUCUAUGUCUAACUUGUCCGAUAGUCGCAGAAUGAGCAUUAAUCUAGGCAGCUUUUCAGAAGGGGAUGAAGCAUAUGAUUCGAAAAAUGACAUAAAGUGGAAAGGAAUGGACAAAUUUUCCACCCUUAACAUAACCAACUUGCGAAGUGAAAAAAAUAAUGACAUCAUAUAUGAACAGGAAAAUUACGAGCGAAACAACAAAGAAAUAUCCAACGACGCAUUGUACCUCAGGACCAUGUGCAAGAAGAAAAAAAUCAUGGAAAUAGAAAAAUUGAAAAGUGUGAAGGAACUAAAGAACGACUUACUACGAACAAAGUACAGUGUUUUUAACAAAAAUGUUCUGUUCCUUAAUGAGGCAAAUUUGAAAAAUAUAUUCGAAUCGACCUUCUUCGAUUCGAUUCAAAUGAAAAAUGCUAUCAUCAGGAUCAUGUCUUCCUACGAGAUAGACAAUCUGCAAAGCAUUUUAAAUGUCAAUAUGAGUGAUUUAAAUGAUCACUUUUUUCACAUGCGUAAUAUUUUUCUAAAUAAAAAAAAGAUUUUAUCCUUUUUCAAUUUGAACACAAGUCAAAAUGUCAUUAACAAAAUUGAGACGAAGAUUUAUUCUGUGUUCACCACGGUGUGGUUCCAUUAUACAAAUUAUUUGUGGAAAGUUCUGGACAUAUUUGGAGUUCCCGAACUUCGCCUCCUUUCAAGCAUGUAUCAUUCGCUAGUUAUGACCAACAAAGAUGAGAAUCAUCUGAAUCUGUUAAAUUAUUUUGGGUUCACAGAUGUGUUCAUGAUUUAUUUGCUAGUUAUACGGUUGAGGCGGAAUGUAUACUACAUUAACCAGAAUAAAGCUUUCGAUGUUCAGAACGCUUCUUUGUCAAAACUGGACCCCCUUCACAUUACCCGCGGGUACAAUGGGUACUUCUACGUCUUCAGGAAUAACUGCGGGACCAAAAUUUUGAGUACCAACUUGGACCACAAGGACAAAAUUGACGUGGGGUUCGGCCUUCAUUUUUACGCGAUUAAGAGCAUUGACAAAUCCAUUUUCAGCGCCAACCACUGGACCGAAUCCGACUUCGAGGGCGAAACGAAACUCUCGCUAGCCAAGAAAAGUAUCUCCUCCCUCCUGGAAUCAAUUGACCACGGAAGCAUAUACUACAAUAUAAACGACAACAAGGACACGGAGAAGUACUCCUUUCUCACCAUUUAUAGAAACGAAAACGCCAGCAAUAUUAACGAUUUGCCGGCCCUCAUCACAGCCAUCAUAUGUGGACAGUUAUAUGAUAUAAACUUAGUCAAGGAGUGUAUAAGGAAGGAUGAAGUUUUUUUCUCUUUCACAAAUAAAAUCAAUUCCAUCGUGCACAACUUCUACAACAACAGCAUCAGUUUUAAGAAUAGCACCUUCAUCUCCGCCAGUCAGUCCUACGAGAAUGUAUUCAGUGAUUUUUAUAAUAACGAAAAGAUACUCCUCGGGGCGCUGCUCCUCUACCUGGAGGGAAUGAAGCGAGACGUGGCCCGCCUAUCAAACGAGAACGAAAUAAGGUACCACUUCUCAUUCGUGUACAACCUUAUCAAGAUGCACAUCCUGAAGAAAACCGUGUCCUCCUACAAGACACAGUCCCAGCUGUAUGCCCUGGAGGAAAUCAUGUUUAAAUAUAAACUCUACAGCGAGAAGAUAGCCAGUACCCUUACUAUGCUGAACGCUCUGAACAGGGGAAACGAACAAUUCAUCGAGGUGCUGGACAUGAUCUCCCUAAUUUUCUACCGCAUGAAAGUGGAGAACCUAAGCCAUGACAUAGGCCAAGGUGUCCCAGAAGUACACACAGAAAUACUUAUCCUCGAUCUAAUGGAUGUAAUAAACAUAGUGGCCUUUUUUCAUAAAGUGCUUAACAAAAUAGACGCAGCACAAGAACUGGAAGAGCUAAUAGACAAGGAGAAGGUGAUCAGACUUCACAUCGAGGAAAUCAUAGACGUGGUGAAAAAGAUAUUUGAAAGUUACGACAACUUCUACUACGACAUCAUAGAGGACGAUAUCAAGAACACCAUUAAGGAGACGCUGUUAAAAAAAAUGAAAAACUUAUUCAUAAAUUAUAAAAGGUUUAUUAAUGAAGAGAGUAAAAAAUUGUCGUCCAAAUUUAUAAAAAUUUAAAUGUAUGACCAAGAGAAGGACGACGAACAAAAUAACACCAUGCCCAAGCUGAUUGAACGAGUGAAGAAGAUAAGCUUGCUGUACCACGCCUUCGACAUUCCGAAGGAAUACAAUGAAAAGCUGUUCAACCACAUUUUCGAGUUUUCUCAAGAAGGAUCUGUCAAUAAGUCCUUUGUUCAGCGGAGCAAACUCUGGGGGAAAAACGUACCCGAGGAGAGCUACGCCAAGCUGUGCAUCGUAAACCUGCAAAGGCUGCUGAGGUACUACUUCGAAAGCAGCCGCAUACACAAGCUGGUCGACUUCAUGCUGAAAUACAACGAAAUAAAAAUCGGAAUCAAGAAGCCACUAAAGGAUGGAAAGGGAAGCACCAAUCUCUACCUCUGCAUAAGAGAUCAGUGGCUCUACAAGCACACCUUUCAGAACAUGAAAUCGUACCUGUCAAAUAUUAAAAUGAAAUUUAACUUUAACGUAGAGGACAUAAAAACGUGUGCUAAAGAGAAUAAUGGCUACCCACAUCUGAACACUCUAACACAUGCUAUGAUAAAUAUACUGGCAUAUGAGCUACACAACAUUUUUUAUGAGACGGAAAAAUUCGAAUCCAUGUUUUCACUGAUGGAUGUGAAAAAGAAUGACAUUUCUAGUAAGCUCAUGUUUCAAAUUAACAAUGUCCUGAAUAUGAAACAAAAAAUUUCCAUUUUUUACUAUUCCAAGAAUGCCUUACUGCAUCUUACGGAGAUCCUGAGUCAUCACUUUAAAGAAAGAAUCAUCUAUAUGUCGGACAACAUGAAAGGAGGGUACGACGUCUACUCGUUUAACCCCGCGCGCAAAAAAGGCGGCAACAAAGUCAUCAUCCUCAAGGAAGGGCACACCUUUAAGGUGUAUAACCAGAGCAGUCCUCUCUUCAGCUACGAAAUGCAUCACUUGCGGGACACAUCCACGUUCCACAUAUACUACGAAGAGCUGGUGAAGGUGAAGAACUACCUGGAGGCGCUGGAGAGCGAGUACACGGAGAGACAGAGCACAUCGGCUGAGGACAUCCACACGGCCAUCCGGGGGCACAACACGGAAAAGAACUACACGAACAUACAGCAGAUGAUUCUGUCCCUGAUAGAGCGAAAAGACGUGAGUAACAAGAAGAAGGUGAUUCUGCGAAAUUUAAUCGACCUAGACAUCGUCAAGCACAGAUGUAAGAGAGUAAAGAAUAACUACCUGCACUUGCUAUACCUGGAGAUAUUCUCUCUCUUCGGAUUUGGACCCUACAGCGAUUUAGAUAACUUAUUGAAUGACCUGUUCCUCUGCGAUAAGGGACUCCUACAAUGGUUUAAAGCAUCCCUUUCGGAAGUGCGAAAGGAUGAACGUGAUGAGGAUAGCUACAACAAACUGCGCAUAUUCGUUUCUGCACUAAGGUAUAUGAUAAAUAAGCUAGACAACAUGUUAUCGAGAAACACGCUAGAGAAACAGGAACUGGAAAAUGCUAUACAAUUUUUUAAAAAGAAAAAAGAGGAUAUACUACCAUUUGAUUUUGAGAAUAUCAUUCCUCAUUUUAAAAAAAAAAAUUAAAUGAAGCCUUACUACUUCAUUUCGCUCAUGGGGUUGGGUUAUUCCUACAUACAGAAGUUUAACGAGUUGAAGUUGGGUCUCUACUCCUCAGUAUCCUCCAGUAACGUCAUCACGUUGAGGAAGCUCUUCAACUUAUUCUACGUGAACGAACUUACAGACGUGAUAAACUUGAUCAUGCAGAUCAUCAUGAAUGUGUAUAUGAAAUUUUUUUACAAGACCAAAGAUUUUUUCAAGCAUACAGAUACAGAUACAGUUAUAAAUCUAAGUAAGGAGAAAAAGAAACAGUUUGGCGAAAUUAUUCUAUCAAAGGAAAGCGUCAACAUUGAUCCGUUAGACACGAAGAAAGACCAAUCGAGUAACGACACCACAGGAAAAGUGAAAAGCAGCACGAAAUCGUUUACUGUACAUGAAUAUUACCUAAACUAUGUGAUAAAAAAUGCGUACGAUUUUUUUUACACCGUGUUGGAGUGCUCGGAUGAUAAGCCGUGCUUCCUCGAAAGGGAAGAAUCUGCAGAGGAAAAGGUGAAGAAAUACCUUAGGGAAAAUCCCUUUAACCAAAAUAUGAUUUGGCUCAUACCAAUCCUUUCAAACCAUUUUAGGAGCUCCAUAAGUAUCCUCUACAUGAAUGACAAAGACAUUCGUUUGUAUAAGUACCAGGACGAUAGUGCUAUGAAGUUUAGCAUUCAAAUUUUGGUACAAGACGGAGAAAUGUUCCUUAUCCUACCCACCUACUUCAUCCACAUCAACAUUUUGAGCAUAAUAACAAACACAUUGAUAAAGAACGAAAAUGACGCUGCACACAAUGAACGGUCUCUCUCUCCAUUGUACUCUAGAGUGUCUGAGGAUGCGCUUAUUCUGGAUGAGUCUAUCAAAAGUACGGCAAAUUCGGACAAUUACUAUAAAACCUAUUUUGAAAUUAUCGAAGAAAAGAUAAACCUUUUUUUGCACAAAAAAAUGCACAUAUAUAGCUUGCUUGUAUCCAUAAGGGAAGAUAUCCUAAACUUUAAAUACUUUAUAUACUACGAAAAUUUUCUGGAGCUCAACGUGGACUUCACCUUCGAGGAAAUCUUCAACUCUCCGAACACUCUCGUAAAGUACUCUAUCAAUAAUAUUAUAAACUUCAUUGAGAAAGACAAUUACAACAUUUUCGGAAUCGAAAUUAAGAAGUUUUACACGAAUAUAUUUCAAAUUCAUAGCCACAAGAAGUACCAAUCUAGCUCAUUUCUUCGGCUGCUGGACUUCCUGCUUAGCACGAUAAAGGUAGAAAUAGACACCCAGAACAAGCAGAUAGAAAUGUCCUACAAUUUGAUCGAAAAUAUGCGCAAAAGAAACUACGUGCAGAAUUUGAAAAGUCUUGAAUCGCUCAUCAUAUGCGAGCACAUUAAGAUAAUUUCCAACAUAAUGAAGUACAUCGAGAUAAACCUGGAUAACAUCAUCAAUCACAUUGUCUACAAAUCGGAGAAGCUCGUCGUGGAGCACGAAACGAUCAAUAAGGUGCAGAUCAUUCAUGAUUGCUGCCUAAAGUACGACUUUAACGAAUUGGGAGCGACUGAAUUGACCAAGAAGUACUUCAAAGAGUUGGAAACAAGAAAUAUUAAAAUUUCAAAUUACAGCAAGAAUUUACAGAAGCUAUCAGAUGAGGAGUUAGACUACGAAGAGUGGUAUUCCAUUGCGUCCAAAAUUCAGGUGGACUAUUUUAAGAAGAACGAAUUGGUUUACUUUAAAAUUUUGAAGGAAUCUCCCUUUUGGAAACACGGGGCGAAAUACUUCACCGAAGAAAUUGUAAGAAAAAAACUCAAAGAACAUAAGUUGUACAUCGAGGAGAAGGACAUAAAGUGGCUGAGCAAUAAUAAGCUAACCUAUAGCGAAUACAAGGACCUCCUAUUUGACGUAAAGAUUAUCAGCAUGACGGAGAAGGACCUGGACGCCAUGCUCGUAAAUAGAGAACAGUACGCUAUAUCCAUCGUGUGGAAAUUUUUCAAUACCGAAAUUUGCGUUAACGGGAAUGACAUUCAUUUUGAGGAUCUCUACUCCAAGCUCAAGAAUUACAAAAAGGAUUUGAAAUAUCUAACUGUGUUGAAGAAGGAAGACGUGUACAACCUGUUCAACGCUAUUGUUAUAUUCCAUCGAUUGGUUGAAUCAAUUGAUGAGGAAACCUUUAACAAAUACAAAAGCUACAGAAUUACAAAUAUCCUUUUUGACGAACUAAUGACCAGGGGGGUAUACAUAUCUGGAGAUUCCCUCAUAACUAAGGAAUAUAUCGAAUCUAUAUUUAACUACGACAUGUGGAGGAGGGACAUUAAGCAGGUAAAAGUUAGUAACAUUUUGAUAAGAUCCCUGGUUCCAACAAAGUAUGUCAAUUAUUAUUCUACUGCACCCAUUUUUAAAAUUCUCCGAUUCUUCGUAAAUUCGAGGCUGAACGUACGCCUGGUUAAUGUGCUGUCCUACGUAAUAUACAACAUACUAAAACUGGGGAACACCAAAGAUGACAUAUUCAAGAUAAUCAUGACUGAGGGACUUCUCCGGGGAAGCUUGGACGUUGUAAGACUUAUCUUAAUAAAACUUAACAUAUCCCUAGACGGGUUAACAACUACCAUCACGACACUGCUCACAAAUCUCCACUACCUGUGUGAGUAUGGAUACGUCCAAGACGCCUUGGAGAGCAUAGACUACCGUAGGAUGUUCUCCAAUCUCUUCUUCCUGCUACACAACUUAGUGGAGGAAUUUUAUUUCAAGGCUAUAUUAGACUUCCUUCUGCAGUAUCCAUUUAUAGUAGAUUUUAUAAAAAAGAAUGAAGAAAAAUUAAAGAAAUUUUGAAUGCAGAGGAUAAGUCUGUUGGAGUUCAUUUCCUUUAGUGAUGAAGAAAGCAUCAUUCCCAUUUACCAAAAUGUUAUAGCUCUUCUUCAGGACGAAGAUUUUAUGGUUGAUCUUAGAAUUUCUACAAUCAGUAAGCAUAAGGAGUAUUUCUCAAGCGGGAAAAAUGUGAAUAUUUCAGAGGAGGAGUUCCUAGACACCUUAUAUAAUAAAUACCACGAAUUGUAUCCCUCAAAUGGUGCUUUUCACUCCGGGGGGAGGAAACCGAGUAGAGCGACCCUUUCAAAUAUUUCUUCUAAGGUGAACAGCUCGUCCUUUCUUCAGAAUAGGGCCUUACAUUUGAAGAAGAAGAACAAUAAAAGGCUACUCAACGGGGAGAAAAACAAAUUUGGCAAUGUUCGUUCCCCCUUGGGAAAUCACCUCCCUGGAGAGAACACACCCACUGGGGAUGGAUCCACGUCGAAGAGAGAUGAUAAACAUGUAGUUAAUUUCCCCCCAGGGGAUGGCCCCAUUUUGGGGAAACCCUCCAAUAGUGCUCUUAGCCACAUUUUUACCAACACGAAAUGGACUCGAAGUGCCAAAUCGGAGAAGGGGCAACAGAAUAAGACAAAUGAACCUGUACCAACUGCAGGGAAGAAAGAGGGACACGAAAAAACAAAAAAGAUUCAGGAGGAGGACAAGCCAAAGAAAUCAUUCACAAACUUAAUCAGUGAUCAAACGAAAAACAUCUCCGAAGCAUCCUUCUUGGAAAACAGAACCACCAGCACGACUAAAAAUUACUACUUUAUCGAAUCGAAUAGGUACAGAACGCUGAGCUGCUUGGAGAAAAUCUUCCUCCAUUCCUUCGACAGUAAUUCCAACGUUGGAGAAAAUAAAACCAAAAUAUGCAGCUCACUGUAUAGCCAUAACUGGACGCAAAAGUUACGAACCGUGUCGAUGAAGAAGUUAAGUAACAGGGCUGUAGACACUUAUGGGUAUACACACGACCUAUUAUUGACGACAAAAGUGAGAGGAGAAAAAUGCGAGCUGCAGUUCAAACUGAAUAUUGCACAUGAUAAUAAGCAAACACUGAAAAAACAGAAAUAUAAAAACGCAAUUGUAGACUUCAACAUUUUUAGAGAGAACAAAGAAUUGUGCUUCCUAAUUAUUAAUAGCAAAAACAGUAUGGACAAAAAUGUGUUUAUCUGUUACCAUGCUGAAUUGGUCCCAUUUUAUCGAACCUAUGAUGUUUCGAAUUAUCUCAAUAAAGUUUUUUCCGACGUUGAUUCAGUCAAUACAAGCAAAAUGAUCGAGGAAAAUGAGGAGACCAACGAGAAGGACAAGACAAACGUGAAUGAAAUGUACAAAUAUCCGUUCAACAUAAUUGGAAGUGAUGAAAGGGGAGAGACCAAUGAGGGGCGUAAGGACAUUGAACCAAAGGGAGUCAAUUGGGAAGAGUCCCCACAUGUAGAAGGACUCAGGGGAAGAAAUGACACCACCGAUAGAAGUGCCAUGGGUAGAGAAAACGACAGCAAUGCAAGAGAUUCCACCCCGUUUAGGAAUGACCAAAUGUCGUUCAAAAUCAACUCAAGUAGCAAAAAAAAAAAAGGUGCAUUAGGGAACCCAUUCACCGACACAAUUAAAAAUAUUAGAAGCGGAAUUAACAAAAUCAAGGAUAAAGUGAAGAAUAGACGAAAGGAGGAAGAAAAAAAAGACGAUCCGAACGACAACAUAGGGAAAAUUAAAGAUGCGCUGAAAUACUUAACAGAGAAAAAAAUAAUAAAUCAGCUUCUCGAAUUUGAAUAUUUCCACUCAAUCAGGUGGAGCUCUAACAUUUUUAGCGUCACCAUAGAUAACAUGAAAGGGAGCAAUGAGAACAUCAAGUUAGUUUUGGAGCUCGGGGAUUACAACAUAAAGACCUACUAUGAGGUGGACAUCAAGCAUGACCUCAAUGUGCAAGCCUUGCAGAAGCUAGAUUAUUUCAUCAAAAAAAGUAACGUCACGGACAUGAUAGCACAGAGGCUGAAGAAGUACACCAAGCUCAACUUCAUUUUGAAGCAUAUUUUUAGGUUUAAGCAUGAAAUUAAGAACGUCUCGUAUAUCAAGUCGAUGGUCGAUGCAGAGAGGGUGGCGGAGCCCACAAAGGGUCCGCAGUCAGGCAAGGAAAACCGCCAGAAUGGAAGCUUCAACUCGGAUAAGCGUCUCAAAGGGGACGAAAACGACGAUGAAGAUGACGAGGAGGACGAAAUGGAGCAAAACAGUGCCCACGGAAACAACUCGGAGCAGCCUUUCCAGGAGUACAUAAAAUUCACUUGGUAUAAAGAACACAACAAGGAGCGAGUAGAAGUCAUCCUAGCGGUGAAGGCAAUUAACCCUCUGAAACUAAAAAACCAUAAUAGUGAAAUUUUAUGUGAAUCAAAUGUGGACAUAAAAAAUGUGCUUAAGGAGUUUAGACCAUCGGAAGGGAGCGAAAGGGAGACAAUCGAAAUAAAUGGAGAUGAAACGGAAGAAGGGAGGGACUACUCGAAGGGGAACCCAUCUGCAGAGACAACCGUGGCGGAUGUCACAUCUGAUUUGAUUUCCAGAAUAGAUGUAGAACAAAGCAGGAGGAACAUCACGAAGGAGAAAUUCUUCACCGAUUAUGCUACAUACUUCAGUAAGAUCUAUCCCCUGACAGAAGAAGAGAAUUAUUUCAUAAAAACGAGAAUGGAGAAAAACUGCGCCCUGCUCAAGUACAGACUUAUCCUCCUAUCAGUCAUCAUAAUAAAAAGCAAUAAUUUGAGUAACCUCAAAAAAAUGAGUAGUCUCAGCAACGACUAUUUGAGAGACAACUACAAGUUGUACAAAAAUAUUGAGUUCCAUCAAAAUAAAUUAUUUCGAAAAAAAUACGUGUACAUAGACAACAAGCAUUACAUAAUUAAAAAAAAAUUGGAGUGCCUCAUAGGGUUGGAUUUUUACAAAAGCUUAAAGAAUUCUCUCGAGAAGAAAAACAUAUUACAAAAUUUUCUGGAGGACCUAACCGCGGAGAUAUCCAACAUUAACAGGUUCUUCUACAAGUAUUUCUACAAUGACAAUUCGAACAUACACUCAUCUAGCUUCUAUCUGGAUAAGCUGAAAAAUGUUAAGUCACUGUGUCCCCUCAUAUACGAUUUGAAGAGCAAGGAAAAGAUUAACAUAUCGGAUACGUCCAAGGUAGACACAUCUAUCAAGCUACCAAACACGAAAGAAGUAGAAUAUGAAAUAGAGCAAUGCGAAAAGAGAGUAGGCUUCUACGGAAGUAACAUCCUAUUUUUUGGCAAAGAGUUAGACGAUUCGAUAGGUAAAAAAAGAAUUGAAAAUAUAGCAAUGUUUUCCUACGAAUGUGAAAAGUCCAUUUUUAAUGCAAAGAAUUUAAGUGAACUGGAUGACUAUCACAAAAACUUUUGCAUCAAUGUGUUUGAAAAUGAGAUGGAAGAACGGGACGAACAAUUUAGACCCAACACGGAAUGGAUUGAUAUGCUGUAUAAUACUUUUUCCUCCAAAAAGAAUCAUAACUAUACUGGAAAUAACUACUCCGAAAUUAGAUGUUUUGGAUUUGCUGACAGGGAUGAGCUGAAAGAAUAUGAAAAGAAGAAAGAGGCAAAGUGUAAAAUUACUAUCCUGAAUAGAACCCUCAAUGUGCUUCAACAAUUUAUGAACAAGUAUUACAAACUGAAGAAGGACGGCAUAAAUAACGGAAACGCCUACAACGUGUAUGCCCUGUUUAAAAAUAUCUACACAGUGAUGAUAUACAAACUCAUGUUCGAAACCAGGCCAUUCAAACCUCUUCGCGUUCAACAGAAAUUGAACUUAGUCGGAAAUAAAUACACCAAGUUGUUAUAUAAAAAGGAGAAUUACUCAAAGUUUAUGAAGCACAUGUUGGAUAAGACCAGCACGUUGUACCUCGAAAUUGAGUUGCUUUACAAUGAGCAUGUCUUCCUUAGGAACAUCCCCUUCCCGAGCGAAUCUGUGGACAUUCUCAUGUUUAACCACAAACCAUUUAGUGAUGAUGCAUAUGGGUAUAGACUGUUAGCCAACCCAAAUGAAAAUAUAAACGAAGGGGAAGAAAACACCAAAGUAUACUCCUUUUUUGUGCUAAUUAUACUAGGUUACUAUCCAGAGAUUCAAAAGUCGCUUCUCGAAGUGGCUGAAAAUGCAGACCUGAUUUAUAAACUGUUAGGCAUUAAUGUGGAAGAGAUUAAGAAAAUAAUCCAGAGCGGUCAAAAGGGGUACGAUGAGGGUACUGGAAGGGACGGAGCGCCGUCCUCCUCUGGGGGGUCAACAACUCUGGAUAAUGGAGCCUCAUCCAAUUUAAAUCAAAUGGAUAAAAGUCAGUCCGGAAUUGCUGGAAAAAUUUCCAACCCUUUUGGAACUUUAUACAAUUUUAUUUUUAGCAAAAGGGAAGAUGCCGACUCUGGGGAGAAGGCCUCUCCACCAUCUAUGGCCGAGAGUGAUGGGAUGAACGGGAAUAACCACAAGGGGGACACUGCAUGGAGUGCUUCUGGGUUCUCUACGGAAUAUCCAUCAGCGUCUCCAAACGGGGCGCCCACCUAUACAUCGAACUCGUCGUCUACGUCUUCUACAUCGUCUGGUUCCUCCGUUCCGGCGUCUUCCACCUCCUCACCGAUCAACGCACCCCCCAAAGCGUACGAAAUCAACGACUUCACAUGGAUGAAGAAGGAACAAAUAGACAGCAUCAAGAUCCUAAUCGUGAAGCACGAACUUGUGGACUACUUCAUAAAGGGAAUCAAAUUGAUGAAUCUGAAUAGCUACCUAAGAAGUGAUAACUACCUAGAUGCAUUCAAGAAGGCUCUCAAUGAGGAGCUGAAGAAGAAAAAUUUCUAUCACCACUUUAUUAACACUUCCCCCCUGUUCCACUUUGACUUUUACAAAGUGCACCACAUGUUGCUCUUCGCCUUUUAUUAUGCCUUCUCGGAUAUCAUAAGGAUCAGAAGACAGUACGUGAAUCUAGAAUCCAGCAUAAAUAGAAUAAUUGACAAUAAUAAGUUUGUCUAUAUGUACAGAACCCAGACAUACCAAAGUAUAAAACUGGAUCCUGAAAAGAGAGUCAGUCUAAAUAAAGACCAUGAAGAAAUUGCAAAAUUUAUUUACAACAGCGCUAUACAAUACCGAUACAUCAACCGAGAGAAACUUGAUCAUGUCCUCUUCAGAUUUAAAAUUACCACCUUUGUAGAAGUCAUGGUUGAAAAUUAUAUUUAUAUUUUAAAUAAUUACCCUUCGAAUUUUAGCCUCAGUAAGCAUUCCUCCUUUUAUGAGAAUUUUAUCAGAAAUGCUAAACAGUAUUUUUUUUCCUACAACAAGAAGAAUAAUUUGCUUUACAUUAUCAACCAGAGAGAUGUUAACUACAACAUGCAGACUAUUAAACACAUUAAUGAAAAAUCCACAGUUAUUAACUUGAUCAAGUCUGUCCUAGAGUUUGUUUUCUUGGCUUCCACCAGGUCGUACACAGUCGACAGAGCCAUUAAGGAAAUCAUAAGUAUUAAUGAGGAACCCACUAUGAAAAGUGGACCCCAUCUGAAGCACUUUAAAAAGGUGAAAACUCUUCCAGGAAAGUCCCAUCGUUACACCUUUUUGCAAAGCACAAAUGGGUCUACAACUCUAGAUAAAAGAAAAUUCCAUACGGGAGAUUCCAACGUGGUGAACAUGGACCUACAUACUGAAGAGGAAAACACAGAGACCAUUCCGAUCAAUUCAUUGAAAAAACGCGACAAGUGCAGUACCUGCUGUCGGUGCUGUAGGAAAAAAUGCCUCACUCUACACAGUAAGAAUAACCCCAAUAUGCGUGUGAACAAUUACCCCAUGGUUCCAGAAGUCAAGGAUAAACGAGGUAGGUGCGCACAGCCUUGCGUUCUUAAGGGGCAUUUUAGGGAAGCUCCUGCAGAGGUGAGAAUUGUAAACCUUAAGAAAAGGGGAACUCCAGGGAAGAGGCCACCUAGGAAUAAUGCGCUAUAUGCAUUUUGUGACAAGAAGGGGAAGAAAAUUAUUUAUAUGGGUGAUGAGAAGGACGCAGAGAGGAGGCCCUUUCUACUGGGUGGCGCAAAAAGGGGAGGUACUCAAAACUGCACUUCGGUUCCAAGUCCCAGAGUUGGCCUGAAAGGAGCAAGUUGCGAUGAUGAUCUGGAGCAUGAUGAUGGAGUCAACCACGGUGAUGUGAACCUUGAUGAAGUGGACAUAACCAAAUCGACAAACACCCUAGCAAUUGCAAGAGUCAUAGAAUACAAUUUCACUGAACAUGAACAUAAAGAAAAUUCAGACAGCAGCAUUGUGGAGAGCCUCUUUGGAACCAGAAUGAGUAAUGUGUAUUCCAAAUUAAAAGGAGGAGUCUUUUCCUUCACUUUUGUUCAUGGUUUCGAUUUCUUUUUACGAAAUAGUCUCUACUUUUACAGAAAAAAUUUAAUCUCAAAGUAUAUAACAUAUUAUGUAAAGAUGAACGUAGUACAGAGCUUGGAUAUGCUCUUCCUAAUAGUGAGGGAUCAUGAGUUGAAGACAUCCCUCACUAAUACAUAUUCAAUCAAACACAGUCUGUUCGAUAUAUGCCUAUUUAAUUUCCAGAAUUUAUCUAUAACACUUAAAAAUAUCCUUAACUUGAUCGAUGAAGACAAAAUAGAGAAACUGCUUUCCUACAUCAUUGCUGUGAUCCAUAUGAAAUACACAGGUAAUGCUCGCUUCAUUGAAAAUAUGAUUAAAAAUUUAAAUUAUGCAUUGUCGAAGAAUAUCACUUUGAAAAAAUUAUUUGGCAAUUUUAUUUCCUACCUGACCAUUUCGUCCAUACAAACCGUGGAGUUGUAUUUUCACUCCAGAUAUAAAAAGAAAUUACUAAAGGUGAUUAUAACAAUACUGAAUAAGGUUUCCGGCACCAUUUCCAACGUAUUUGGGGAACCCUUUUUCCAGUCCUACAUGUGCACACACCUGAUAAAGUUGGGCGAGUCCUUCAUAAGUGAGUUCAACGCGGAAAAUACGGUGUACCGAUUUUUUAUGGAUGUCGGCGAGAUUAACUUUAUCGACAUUAUCAUUUCCUACGCGUAUAUGUACUUCCCCAAGGCGGUUCACGACUUCAUGGGGGACUAA